UUCACAAGAAAACAUUAUUAUGCAAAAACUUCACGAACAGUUGAACUUGAUUAAUGGAUGAAUUGCAGAACUGACAUUUGAGGAAGUUUCAAGAAUAAUCAAGAAUGAAAAUAUUGAUUUCAGACGUAAACAUUUAUAUUUGCUAUUAGUUUAACGGAAAAAGUAAAUUCGCAUAUUAUUGCAUAUUGUCUAUAAAAGUGACGAACAGUAACGAAAAUUACUUUAGUUUUGCUGUGGAAAGCCGAAGGUGUAAACGAUCGAAAAGAACAAAGAAAAUAUUUGUGAUACUAAAAAAGAGCAGGAAAGUGAUUAAACUGUUUCAUUUCACGUAUUAAAAAAAAAGACUAUAUAAAGAUGUCAUCGCCGGAUAAAUUCUUGAAACUCACCUAUAAAUUGCAGACAGGCAAGGAUUUGCACGCCUACCUGAAAAUGCCUUCACCCACUUUUGAGUAUCUAAAAAAGGAAAUUGAGAUGUACUUCUUUCGUGAACGUGAUUUGCCAGCUUGUGAAAUACGUACAUUUUGGUUCGAUGAACAAGCUGACGAAAUCGAAAUUAUUAAUCAAUGCGAUUAUGAUAUUUUUAUGGCUAAAUUUUCGAAAAAUCCUCAUUUAUUUGUGGCUCCAAUAAAGAAUCUGCAAGAACCCAAUAAAGAAUUCAAUCAAAUAGACGGUGAAGCUGUUACUUCGCAGGCCGUUUCAAACAACGUAGAAGGCACCGAUGUUGUCAACAUGGUGGGCGACCCAGCUGAAUUCGUCAUACAUCAUCGAGUUGAAUGUGACAAUUGCUUAAUGUCACCGAUCAUGGGUUUCCGUUAUAAAUGCAUUGAAUGCGAAAACUACGAUCUCUGCCAGCAUUGCGAGGUCAAGCAUGUGCAUGCUGAACACAUGAUGAUUCGAAUGCCAAAUAAUGAGUGUCCAAAUAUGGUAGAGACUUGGGUAACACCUCAUCAUCGCUCUUCAUCGGGCCGAAAGCACGGCAAACGUUCGAAGGGAAGUGUCAAUUCAAGUUGUCCCGUGGGCUUGGGAGCAGCUGUAAUUAACGAAAGCAAAGUCAGCGAGGCAAAUUCGGGUAGUGAAAAUGGCACGUCAUCUAACGGACGUAGACGACGAAGACGCCAUCAACGUCAUGGCAUCUGGACACAUAUUUAUGAUAUGAUGCAAGAUUUGGCUGAGGGUGGCACAAGUGGGGUUGCGCCAAGUGCUUCCGGAGAGAAAACUGAUAAACAACAGCAACAAGCAGCUGCGGAAAAUGGGGUUAAUGUGAGUUCAGUAGCAGCUCAUGAGGCAGCUCGUACGGCUGCUGAGAUAGCAGCAAAGGUUGUACAUGAAACUGCUAUGCAAGCAGUUAGAACAGCUGCUUCUGCAACUGACUCGUCAAAUGGACCUUUUGAAGCCUCGAAUAAGAAGGCUAAUGCUACAAGUUCAAGUGGGGAACAAGGGGCAUCUUCUGCUCCUGCAAUGCCAGCUAUACCUUUGGAUGCAAUAGCCCAGUUUUUAGAUCCGCAUUUCAUGAAAACUGGCAUACAAAUUUUAAAUAACUUCAGUGAUAUGUUCUCCAAAAUGUUAGAUCCUUUGGAUGAAGCCGCCGAAGAUAGUGAUAACAUUCCCCACAAUCUCAAUUCCAACGACCCUACUAAUGAUAUACCUAAAAAUUCUAUCAAUUCCAAUAACUCUUCCGACGUUUCGUCAAAUAAGAAUGACAAUAAUCGUAAUGAUACUGAUGCUGAAAUAUCAAGUGAUGAAAAGAUAAUCGAUAAUGUUCAGGACAAAAUUCUUGUCGAUUCAAAUCAACCUCAAGAUAUGGAUUUAAGUUGUGGAAGCAGCGACAGUGAUAACGACAGCGGCUCGGAAUCUUUUAUUAAAAUUGAUGCUUUGGCUUUAUCAAAAGCUGAUAAGCAGACAAAUGUAAAUGAUGUGACUACUACUGAAACUGAUACUGAUAAAAAGGAUGAAAAACCGGCAAAUGAACCAAUGGUCGAAAGUAAUGUUUCAGUCUCUGCAGACAUUACCAACGUGCCAGUUAUACCUAAUUCCAUUAUUGACGCGACUACUUCGACUAACAUAACCCCAACGGAAUCAUUUACUGAAAUUAAUUAUCAUGCUGAUGAACGCGUUAACUAUGCCGUUAAAGCUAUGAUGAACAUGGGUUUCAGUAAUGAGGGAGCUUGGUUAACACAGCUUUUGGAAAGCGUUCAGGGCAAUAUCCCUGAAGCGUUAGACUUAAUGUCGGCUGCCCAAAGAAAUGCUAAUUAAAUUGCUUGAAAUUUGUACCAAUAUUAAGGAGACUUUUUAAUGCAUUGUUGUAUUCCUCCUUAUUUAUGGUUCAUUGUAUUUUUGUAACAUUUUCUUCGUUUAAUUUGCAUAUAUAUUUUCAUUCAUUUACUUCGCUUUCAAGCGAAACUUUAGGCAUUUCUGUCUUUUAAUAUUUUAUGCUUUCUUCACAAAUAAUACAUAUAUAUAUCAAUAUUUAAUCGCCAAACUUAGCUUAGAUAUGUCGGUGUAUUAAUGCAAAAAUAAAUAAAUAAUAUAUAUACACAUA